CUGCUCCUCCCCUUUGAGGCGUGGGGUUCAAAGGUCACCCAGCAGUUGUGGCUCCGCUGCAGGGCUGGACUCUGAUCAGCCGUCUCAGUCACUCUCACCGACUCGCAACUUCACACACUCAUUCACGGACAGACGCUAUGGAGCAGGAUCUGACUGUCCCUGUGGUGGUGGGGGUGUCGGUAGUAGUCCUCACUGGUCUCUACUUCCUGUUCACUGGAAGACCAACGAAGAAUCAACUGCCCCAAACCCUCCAGGAUCCCACAGUUAAAUACUCCUUACUGCUUGUAGAGAAAGAGGAUAUCAGCCAUGACACCAAGAGGUUUCGUUUUGGUCUCCCUACUCCCUUGCACGUCCUGGGACUACCCGUAGGACAGCAUGUGUAUCUGUCUGCUAAGGUGAACGGGGCUCUGGUGGUCCGAGCGUACACGCCCGUCUCCAGCGAUGAAGACCAGGGCUUUGUGGACCUGGUCGUCAAGGUGUACCACAGGAACACCCACCCCAGCUUCCCUGAGGGAGGGAAGAUGUCCCAGCAUCUGGACACCAUGAAAAUUGGAGACAAGAUGGACUUCAGAGGGCCUAGCGGACUGCUGGUCUAUAGAGGGAAUGGCACUUUUGCAAUCCGACCGGACAAGAAAUCUGAACCAAGGGCCGGCAAGUUUAAACAUGUGGCAAUGAUCGCUGGAGGAACCGGGAUCACCCCCAUGCUCCAGCUGAUACGCAGCAUCGCAUCCGACCCAGACGACAUGACACGCUGCUCCCUCAUCUUUGCCAACCAGACAGAGAAGGACAUCCUGCUGAGGGAGGAGCUGGAGGACGUGUUGAGCAGCCACCCUGGCACACUCAGCCUGUGGUACACCCUGGACAAGCCCCCGCAAGGAUGGAACUACAGUUCUGGGUUUGUCAACUGUGACAUGAUCAGAGAGCACCUUCCACCUGCAGCUGACGACGUGCUUAUUGUCAUGUGUGGCCCACCUCCCAUGAUCCAGUAUGCCUGCUUGCCAAACCUGGCAACGCUGGGAUAUAAAACGGAGAAUAUAUUUGCAUAUUGACUUAUCAAAGAUGCUCAUAUGAACACACGAUGUCUCUUUCACACACAGGAUCUCAACCUGGCAACAUUGGGCCACAACACAGGCACCCUUUUACUGUACAUUUCCAUAACAAAUCUGCAAAGUUUUGUAAAUGUAUAUACCUGUUUUGUGUAGCAUUUGAGUGAGAUGAAUUCAAUGUUCUUCUGAAUUAUGGGAACAGUUUGUAAGAUUUUUGAAUGUUGUGAAACAGGACCAAUACACAUUUUCAUCAUUAUCAA